AUGGCUGGUUACCGUCGGCGGGGCAGAGGGCGCAGGAGUAGGAGCCGGAGCCGGAGCCGCCGCCAUCCCCUGCGGAGGACACGGCGCACUGGCCACAGCCGCCCUCGCCGCCGCAGCACGCGGCCAAGAACCACAUCCCACGCCAUCAAGCGCCGGCCCCCCAGGAGGCACAGAAGUCUCAUAGAAGAGGAGGAGCCGGACGAUGAGCUGGAUGACCUGGGAGGGUUCCCUGAGCCCAUAGACGACUUUGAGUUUUAG